CACAAUUCUAGACUUCUAGUGAUAUGUCGACGGAGAAACACAUGAUUGUAGUGAUCGAUAAAAGUCCAAAGCUCCAAUUCUGAACAGAGAAAAUGGGUGUUCUUCUUCUUCAUCUCAAAGUUGCAGCAACUAUAAUCUCAUUCUUAGGGUUCUGCACUGUGAUCAGAGGCGUUCCGGAUACGAAUAUAACAAGUGUUCUGUGCAACCAAGGUGUGUAUACUUCUGGUGAUCCAUUUGCUAUAAGCCUUGCAUAUGUUCUUCAGGAACUGGAGACUGCAACAGCAGCACACAAGAACUAUGAUUACUAUGACAUAUCUCCAUACCCUAAUGCUUUUGCUUACGGCCAUGCUUCUUGCAACCCGAACGUGACAAGCUCCGACUGCACUACUUGUCUCGGUAUUGCGAAAACCGACAUGUUAGGUACUUGUCAGAGCAAUAUAGGGGGCCGUGCUGUACUUGGUGAUUGUUCAAUCAGGUAUGAGCAAUACCCAUUCACCGAGUAAAUCACUGGACGAAUGGAAGAGUCAAAGUCCCGAAAGAUUAGAUUGCUAUUCAUUAUUGAGUUUGAUUUCCACUAGCUAGUGAGUGCUUAAUGCGUUGUCCAAUUUCAAUGUACUAAUAGAUCCUUGUUUGAAAAUUGAAUACUUUCUUUCCUGUGUUAGUCUGAUCGGUCAUCUAUUCCAUGAAGAAAUCAGAAAUGAGAAAGAGACAAGUUGGUUUAAAAAGAAGAAAAGGCACGAUAUUUCUGCUUUGCUGCUACCAAGGAAAUCAAAUCCUUGUUUCAAUUUAUAACAUCUAUGUUCAGUUGUUCACACA